GAAACACGUAGUACAUACAUAGAUUUUCGAGUGUACUGUGAGGUUUUAUCGGCUACGAUCGCGACCUCACUCGCGAGGCUUUUAUCUCGGCUUAUGUAAAACUCCUUCUUCUCUUUAUUUUUUUCCUAAGCAGUGGAACUGAAAUGGGCACGCUUGCUCGAGCGAGGCUCGCGCGCUACGCGUGCAAGUCUGAGAUAUGCAGGACAUGGGAUCGGCUGUUCUCGACGUGCCAGGUUACAUCUACCGCUUCUCGCUGCACCUGUAACAAGGCAUUGCUGCUUUGCUAGGCUGUCUCUUUCGAGUCCGGUCGCUCACAGUACGAACACGCAAGGUAAUCGGUUUCUCGAUCGCGACGAGUUAUCUACAGAGAAGUGUGUCGGUCAGUCGGCAUAUAUGUGCUCGCCAUAGAUUUAUCAACUCUAUCUCGCUUGUAAGUUGAUCGAUAGACGCCCGUUUGUACUUACUACGAUGCUUCUUGGCUUGUGCAACCGCACCGGUGGGCUGCGCCGAUCGACCUGCGAACUGGGCUGCAAGCUUAAGUCAGCAGCCAUGUCCUCAAAGGAGCCAGGUGGAAGCCAACCGCUGGGGGCCAUGCCAGCCGGAGGUAUGAACGUCUUGCGUCGCCAUGCUCGGAACUUCCUGGAACAUGGCAUUGAACAGGUUCUCCCAAAUGCACUGGUAUCAAAGGCGGUGCAGCGAGAGGGUGACGCACUGCGUGUGAACAAGCAGCUAGUGCCGCUGGCACGCAACGCCUACCUGGUUGGCUUUGGCAAGGCUGUCGGGGGCAUGGCGAAUGUCAUGCAGACACUGCUUGGCGAGCACCUGGUCGAGGGCGUCAUCAGUGUGCCGCAGGGCACUCGGCAGAUAGCGGCCAACAUGAACCGCCCGGAGAUGCUGCCCGAUCCUGAAGGCCCGAUCAAGGUGCUGGAAGGGGCCAAGGACAACGUGCCAGAUGACAAGGCAGCAGCCGCAGCCGCAGAAAUUGUGUCCCUCAUGCAAAAGCUCAAGGACACCGACAUUCUCAUUGUGCUCAUCUCGGGGGGUGGCUCGGCACUGCUGCCUUACCCAGUGCCACCAUUGACCCUCAAGGACAUGAAGCAGGUCGGCCAACUGCUGCAGUCCAGUGGCGCCCGCAUCGCCGAGGUGAAUGCGGUGCGCAAGCGCCUCUCGGCCGUCCAAGGCGGUGGCCUGCUGCGGCAGACCACGGCUCAAAUACUCUCGCUCAUCCUCUCCGACGUGGUGGAUGAUCCACUGGCAAGCAUCGCUAGUGGUCCAACGGUGCCCAACAAGGACGACCCGGGCCUGCCGCUACGGUUGCUGGACAAGUACCACAUACGGGACAAAGUGGCGCCGAUCAUACUGGAAGUACUAGAACGUGUUGUGUCCCACCUGGGUCCACCCACCACACAGUCCAUGAAUGUCCUCAUCGGCAACAACAAGGUGAUGUCUCGUGCCGUGUGUCUGUUGGCUCGCCAGACGGGCUACCAGUCGUACCUGCUGACAACCUCGCUCGUGGGCGAGUCGCGCAAUGUGGGCAAGGCCAUAGCACAGCUGGCCUUCUACCUGUGCUACGGCGAUUCUCCGGUGCCUGUCCCACACGAUCCAGUCACUGAGAUCGCCCAACACCUUCAGGUCCGCUACCGCGAGCUGGAGCAGUUGAAAGAGUCGGCGGAGCGGGCCUUCGACAUGGGUCGGCCCAUCUGCGUGGUGGCUGCCGGUGAGACGACAGUGACGGUGGCGGGGCCGGGCAAAGGAGGCCGCUGCCAGGAGCUGGCUCUGGCGUCCGCCAUCGAGCUUGACCGGCUCUUCAACCACAGCAAGUUGCAGCCACAGCGCAUUGAGCUCGUUGUGCUUGCAGCAGGUACAGAUGGCCAAGACGGGCCAACAGAUGCAGCAGGUGCCAUGGCGCACAUCGCGACCGUGUCCGAGGCUUCUGCUCUGGGCAUCGAUGCCACGGGAGACCUGGCGCGCAACGACUCGCACCACUUCUUCCGCACCUACAACAACGGUGCCGACCACCUCAUCACGGGGCUCACCGGCACAAACGUCAUGGACCUGCACAUGCUGCUUCUGCGGCGAAAACCUGCCACCAGCUAGCGCCACCUGUGCGGCUUUUAUCGAGACCCACCACCGGCCUGGCGACACUUGGAUGCGCUGUGGCUAUUGGCAGAGCAGAAAAUGCUUGCAGACAUGGUGUAGUUGCGCAUGUGUUGUGAGAUGAUGCGAGCAGCCAUGAAACCUCCAAGUGCCGCUCACUAGGCACGGUUCUUUCUGAGCUGUCUGUAAUUUCUUUAUUCCUUCGGCGAAUUAGAUGUUGCCUUAUUUAUCACAUUACAUAUUACGACUCUUCCAUAUACUUAGGAUGCAAAUGAGUAAUACUAAGAGCCAUCCAAGUCAAUCAAAAGAGCUAAAGCUGUUUGCGCAUCUUUGACUGCAUGCUAUACACUAAAGAAUGGUCUCUAGUAUUGCUCUUCACUGCUGUGAAGUAAUUGAAACAACUGCUACGACCAGGUACCUUUUGCUCCAAAUAAGGCACAAUUAUCCUGUGAUAUGCAUCCUUUAGGCACGAUGGUCACAAAUUUUAGUGAGAUUCUUAUCUCUCCUAUCUUUCUUACUAUUCUUAUUUUUCCUAUGGGAAUGGAGAAAUAUAUGGGAAUGGAGAAAUUGUUUUUCUCAGCAACCACUGCACCAAAUGUGAUGAGAUUUGUUGGAUAAAAAAAAAAAGUUAGAUCAUGUCGUCAGUAGUUUUUUAAAAAAUUGUUAAAAAUUGCUAAAUUUAAAGAAAAAAACUCAACUGUUUUGUUUGUUUAUAACUAUUACUCAGCAGUGGAAAUUGAUAUUUCUUUAAACUGAACCUAAUAAUACACAUAAAGGAGGCAAACUUCAUACUUUAUACACUGCUCUGUAUUAUACCGUUAAUUUGUGAGCAGGAGUUUUGCAGAACCCUCGUUAGCAUUGUAAUAAUUUUAUGUAAGCUGUAAAUUCAUAUAUUACAUUUGUCAACUGUACAUGCACUAACAGAUGGAGUUUGCAGAACUGCAAUGUAGUAUCUGUUUUUGAUACUGAGUUACGGGUUUGGAAACUGAAUGCUUGAAUUUUUUCAUCAAUUUUAGGGAAUUGUUUAUUGAAAACAUAACGGCCAAAAUUAAAAUUCCGCUUCCUACUUGUCGCUAUAACUUAACUUUCUAUCUCAAAUGCAACAAAUUUCUUUCAAGUCAGUCCAGCGGUUUUAUCAGAACAGCAUUUCUAUGUGUCACAUGUCUUUGAAUAGUUGGCAUCGCAGUUUGCUGUCAGCUAAAGCUUUGUACUUCCCGACACAUUCCAUGAUAAUGCCCUCAAUAAAAUUAAUUACGGUUUUACAUUGCAAAGCUACACAGUAGGCUACAAGAGACUCUGUACUGGGAGAGCCGCAGAUUAAUUUUAACUACUAGUUGUUCUUUUAUGUGCAUCCGAAUCUAAGCACACAAGCAUUCUUGCAUUUCAGCCAAUCAAAUUGCAAGCAGCAGACACCAAACAAGCAACCUUAUGCUCACUAGCAAGAUGCCAUAGCCACUGUGGUGCAUGCAUGGUGUGGUUUGUUCAGAGUGCAUGCAUGGUGUGGCUUGUUCAGAGUGCAAUACUAGGUCGCUACCAUUUUACAAUUUUAGUACAUAAGAUGUGGCCCACCAGAGGUGGGCCAGGAAGAUGACUGGAGCCCACAUUUCCUGCGAACACGUGCCAAAGAAUUGGGGUGGGAUGCAAUUUUUGAACUAUCGGAAUUGUUGAAACCUUUGUUGUGUACAGCAGUCACUUAUGGCCAAAUAAAGGUGUACCUACUUUUUUUCUGGGCACUCAAGCUCUUGGCAGUCGAA